AGCCAUGCUGGCGAUUUUGAACACAGAAUACCAGCCCUCUCUAAACGCUCUAUAUAUCUCUCUGUUCCUCUCUCUAAACGGUGCCAUAGAUAACUGGCAAAGAGAGAAAAUACGAAAAGAACAUACUGAGGAAAUUACAGCGUAAAAGAAAGAGAGAGAGAAAAGAGGUGCAUAAGCAAUGAAUCAAUUGAAGAGUCCAAUCAAGGGAGUCAUCAAUGAUGCCAAAGGAAGGCUGUCAUGCUACAAAAAUGACUGGCUUGAUGGAUGUAGUUCAGGUGCAAGGAUACUAGCUCCAACAGCAUACAUUUUCUUUGCUUCAGCUCUCCCAGUCAUUGCCUUCGGCGAGCAAUUGAGUAGGGAAACGGAUGGAAGCUUGAGCACUGUUGAAACUCUUGUUUCAACGGCUCUCUGUGGAGUGAUCCAUUCAAUUUUUGGGGGACAGCCAAUGUUGAUUCUGGGAGUUGCAGAACCAACAAUUAUAAUGUACACAUACUU